GCGCGCCUUCCACCGUCCGAGCUACAUGUUUUGUCGCGGUGAAUCAUAAGGACAGAGUUUUAGAUUAAUUAUGAGAGUUAUUAAACCAUUAUCUGGUAGCCAGUAGAUUAGCCAUAGUGUUAAAUGUGACAGCUUUCAGAGAUUGGUGAUCGUUGAUAUGGUCUGAUUGGGACCCAGUUAUUCUCUCAGAUAGAAGUGCUGCAUGGACUUGUACAUGAUGAACUGUGAGUUAUUGGCCACAUGCAGUGCGCUGGGUUAUCUGGAGGGAGACGUUUACCACAAAGAACCGGACUGCCUUGAGAGCGUGAAGGAUUUGAUUCGUUACCUGAGACAUGAGGAUGACGCGAGGGACAUCCGGCAGCAGCUGGGAGCUGGACAGAUCCUCCAGAAUGACCUUUUACCCAUUAUAACCCAGCACACGCAGGACAAACCGCUCUUCGAUGCCUGCAUCAGGCUAAUGGUGAACCUGACCCAGCCAGCGCUCCUCUGCUUUGGAAAAAUUCCCGAUGAUCCGGCCUUCCGCCAUCACUUCCUGCAAGUGACAUCAUACCUUCAGGCCUAUAAGGAGGCAUUUGCAGAUGAGAAGGUCUUUACUGUGCUCAGCGAAACUCUCUACAACCUUCUGCAGCUGGACUGGGAGCAAAGAGAUGAAGAAGAUAAUUUACUGAUUGAGAGAAUUUUGCUGCUGGUCAGAAAUGUGUUGCAUGUUCCCGCCGACCCAUAUGAGGAAAAGAAUGUGGACGAUGAUGCCAGUGUUCAUGAUAAGCUGCUGUGGGCGGUUCACAUUAGUGGACUGGAUGAUCUGCUGAAGUUCCUGGCGUGUGCUCAGAGCGAACAACAGUGGAGUUUCCACAUCUUGGAAAUCAUCUCCCUCAUGUUUAGAGAUCAGACCGCUGAGCUUUUGGUGAGUGCCGGACAGAUGCGUUCAGCCCAGGAGAAACAGAAAGACAUGCAGGAGCUGGAGUUACUGAGACAGAAAGAGACGGCGGAAAAGCGCAGUCGCACGCUAAUGAGAGGAACCAGACACUCUCGUUUCCGUGGCUCGUACGUCAUUGAGGGGCUGAAGUCCAUCGGCGAGAAUGAUGUGGUUUACCACCAAGGACUUCACAAUUUUAAGAGUUAUUCUCAUGACUUGGGGAAGGCUGUGAGACGUGUACCCAAACGCAAACAGAUGGCUAAAGACUCAGACAGCCAUCGACGCUCUGCGCUAAAUGUACGUCUGUUCCUGCGCGAAUUCUGCAUCGACUUCCUAGAGAACUGCUAUAAUCGUCUCAUGUACCUGGUUAAGGAGGGGUUGAUCCGUGAACGGGCCCAGCAGCAUGAUGAGACCUACUAUAUGUGGGCUUUAACCUUCUUCAUGGCCUUCAACCGUCUGCAGAACUUUAAACCAGAUGUGGUGUCUGAGACUAUUUCCAUCCGCACGUUUCACUUCAUCGAGAAGAACAUCACCAACUACUAUGAGAUGAUGCUCACUGACAAGAGUGACGCCACGUCCUGGUCUCGCAGGAUGCAUUUGGCUCUGAAGGCCUAUCAGGAGCUGCUGCUGACCGUAAAUGAAAUGGAUCGUGCAAAGGAUGAGAAUAUCCGCCACAGUUCCAGCGUCAUCAAGAGUAAUAUCUUUUAUCUGAUGGAGUUCAGGGAAAUCUUUUUGACUCUCCUGCGCAAGUAUGACGAGCGAAUGCAGCCUCACUCUUUUCUCCGAGAUCUAGUGGAGUCUGCUCACCUUUUCCUCCGGAUGCUAGAGAGAUUCUGCAAGGGCCGAAACAACCUGGUGGUACAGAAGAAGAGAGUAAAGCGAAGGAAGCGUAGCCAGAAGAAACCUGAGAUGGAAACCUCCGCUGAAGACCUGGAGCAGACAUGGCAGAUCGUGUCUGAAGAGCUCAGAGCGUCAGGAUUUCAGUUGGCAGAGAGUCUGACAGAGGGCGCUGUGCCCUUUGAUGCCGCAUCGGACACUCCAGUGAACGAGCAGAGGACUGAAGCUCUGGUGAGAAUCCAGGACUGUCUGAUGUCUCGCGCAGGACCUGAAGCUCUGAGUUUGCUGCGUGCUGCACGGGCGGUGUGGCCUGAAGGAGACACAUUUGGAUCUGUUGAGGUGGAACCUGAGGAGGAACUGGAACUUCUCAAGCAGAUACUUUUCACUAAGCUCCCUAGAACUGUUCCUUUAGAUUCUGCUGUGGAGGAAGAGGAUGGAGAUGAGCUGGUGGAAGAGGAAGAGCUGGAGUCUGUUGCGGUGUCUGAGACGGAGUUCAACUUUUUAGAUUUCAUCAAGAGGUUCGCGCAUCCAAAUAUCGUGCGUCCGUACGUCGUCCUGCUGCGCUCGUACUCUCAGAACUCUCCUCACACCAACCACUGCAUCACCCGCAUGCUGCAUCGACUGGCUGUGGAUCUGAAGAUGGAGGCGUUGCUCUACCAGCUCUCGGUCUUCUCUCUGUUCAAUAAGAUCCUGGGAGAUCCUGCCGCGGCUGCCUAUCAGGAGCUUGUUAAAUUUGCUAAAUAUGUCCUGAACCGCUUCUUUGUGUUUGCCGCAACAAACAACAAAGCGUUUGUGGAGCUGCUGUUCUGGAAGAAUGUGGGCGCUGUGAGAGAAAUGACCGAGGGAUACACUAAAGACGGGGAAGGCUCUAAGAAAAAAGCCAAGUGGACUCCAGAGGAAGAAGCAGAGGUUCAGCGAUUGUAUGAAGAGCACAAGGACUCUGGAGUGCCUGAUGUUAUCGAGACGAUAUUACCUUUGCUGAGCAGCAGCCGCACCAGGCGUGAAGUGGUGUCACACCUGGUGUCUAUGGGUUUGGUGGACAGCGUGAAGGAUUUAAAGAAAGAGAAGAAAGGUACUCGUAUUGUCCUCUGGACUGAAGAACAGGAGCAAGAACUUCAGGGGCUCUUUGAGGACUUUCAAGACUCUGAUGAUGUGCUUGGUAAUAUUCUGAAGCGGAUCACAGCCAAGCGUUCAAGAGCACGAAUAGUUGACAAGAUCCUCAGCAUGGGUUUGGUGUCUGACCGCAAAGAGCUUUACAAGAAGAGACAGCGCGGCGCUCACGGGAAGAGCACGGGAAUGACAGAGGAGGAGUUCUUUGAUAUGACUGGAGAGAUGCAGGAGAAGGACAUCGAGGAUGAAGAAGAGGAUGAUGAGGAUGAUGACGAUAAAUCUGAUCAAGAGGAAGAUGAACAACACUAUGAGGAGCAGAUUGUCAGAUCAGCCAAAAAGCAUCAAAAGAGCACAAGCGGAGACAUUUCUUCAGAGAAGAUUCACAGCCUGAGAAAGAUGGUCCAGACUUUACAGCUAGAAGGUCUGUCCGGGCCUGUCCUGUGGCUGCAGAAUUCACUGAACCGAACCGCAGAUGACCGCGAGGAGGACGGUGUUUCUCAUCCUGUGGCACUGGUUCCUCUGACGGAGGAGAACGAGGACGCCAUGGAGAACAGGUCCUUCCAGAAACUUCUGCGUGCGGUUGGCAUCCGCACACCCUCAGACGGACAGGAGACCUUCUGGAGGAUUUCUUCCAGUCUGAGUGUGAAUCAGCUGAGGACAUUAGCAGCGUCUUUAGACCCGCUGGAGGAGACUGGAGCUGAAGGAGACUCUGAGGAGAAGGACAGCAGAUCUGUGGAGGAUGAAGAUAAAGAUGAUAAUGAUAAUCAAGAGAUGAGAGCUCAAGCACUGAGAGCUUUGCUAUUGUCCCGCCAGAGGAAACAUACCUCCGCUAAACCAAAAGACUCUCCAUCACAGGAGGACAUUUCUGAUAGUGUGGAGCCAAGUGAGCAGAAAAUCUCCAAGAAAAGAAGCAGAGUUUUAGAUGAUGAUGAAGAUGAUGAGGAUCAGAAAGACUCUCCAUCACAGGAGGACAUUUCUGAUAGUGUGGAGCCAAGUGAGCAGAAAAUCUCCAAGAAAAGAAGCAGAGUUUUAGAUGAUGAUGAAGAUGAUGAGGAUCAAAAAGAUGUGGAUCUUUCAUCCAGGAGCAUGACUUCGGAGCGGGACAGUCCUGCAGCCCCAGCCAAGCGCAGGUAUACCAGAGUGUUAAGUGAUGAAGAGGAAGAAGAUAACUAGAUGAAUUAAUGCAACACAACACAAUCAUAAAUGACUUUUCACCAUCUCUUUCUAUUUCAUUACGUGUGACUUUUUCCAGAAUAUCUGUAGUUACCCUAAAAACUUCGAUAUUUUAAUGUUAUGAGUGUUAUGAUUUUAAUAAUUUUUUUCAUUCAUUUUCUAACUCAUUGAACCUUUUUUUCUUUUGCUUCUUUUGUUUUUUUGGGAGUUUGAUGCACCGGCGUUCUCACUGUUAGCGUGCAAAACAGAAAUCACCCUUCGUCAUAAUUAAAUACAGUUUAAUUGCCUCAUUUCUGCGGCUCUGUUAUUGUGAGAAAUAAAAAUAAACUGAAUGAACUAAUAAA